AUGGGAGUCAAACGCUCACACCGCGACUCGUCGUCGUCUACAGAAGAUCCCAGCACCUUCUCGCGCGAGCAGUCUGCUGAUGUCAAGCUGGUGCACCUGGACUCCGAGUCUGCUGCCUCUGCACCGCCAGCCGUCAUGAAGUGCCUUCUGCCCCCGCACGAGCCCGUUGCCUUUGCGUCCUUUGAGGAGUAUGACGUGCACUACCAGAAGACCCACAUGAACAGGUGCUCCGAGUGCCAGAAGAACUUCCCCGACGAGCACAUUCUGCAUCUGCACAUCGCAGAGAACCAUGACCCCUUCAAUGCUGCUAGAAGAGAGCGGGGUGAGCAGACGUACGCCUGUCUCGUCUCAACCUGUGAACGUCUGUGCAGCACGGCCCCCAAGCGUCGCAUGCAUUGCAUUGACAAGCACCAGUUCCCCAAGAACUAUGACUUCUUCAUCAUCAAUGACGGCAUCGACCGCAGAAACAGCAUGUUGCGGCAAACUCACCGCAGAAGAUCAAGCACGAUGAAUUCCAUGCCCUCAGAGCCGAGAGCGCAGUCUUCUGCUGGUGCUACUGCUGAGGCCAUGGACGUGGUUCAGCCCGACGAAACAGAACAGGUAGACAGCCAGCAGCAGCGGGAACGCAGAUCCUCACACGUUAAGCUGCGAGGCCGUGGAGGCUUCAGCCAUCCCCAAGGACGAGGCCAUCAAGCGGUGCAGAACUCAGCCACGCUGAGUGCUGAUCCUGUCGACAAGUUGGCCUCCAGCAUGUCAGCACUGCACUUCAUUCCUCAUAGCGUACGGAUGACCAGAGGCACAGGGCGUGGAAGAGGUGGGUGA